ACACUUGUUAUAGAUAAAAACGUAAAAACACACACAUAACAAACCACAGAAGUAAAUUUUGUUAUGAACAAAAAUGUAAUUUUUAAACAAGUUAUUCACAUAUUUUGUGUUUUAUGUGAUUUUUAUUUAGCAUUAGAAUACCUAACGAAUCAAAAUAACAUAUUUUGUAUAAAAAAAUUCUUAGUAUUUUUUAGAACACCCCUUCGCCUAAUAACCUCCGAUAUUUGUUUAGGCAUGGAUUCAAAAAAGCGUUGCAGAUAAUUUUUAUUAAUUUCUUCAUUCUGCACAGCUUCAACAAUGUUUUCUAUUUCUUUUCGACUUUUUGGACGCUUUUCUCUUAUCAUUUUGACCACCAUUUUGCCCAAAUAAUGCCAGCAGUUAUCAAUUGGAUUGAGAUCUGAACUGUUUCCUGGCCCCGUGAGAGACCCUAUUCCAUAAAAAUCUUUUUGUUUUGAAACCUGUAAAUGUUUGUAAUAAAUUAUUAAAAAAUAUAUUUCAAUAUUUUUGUGCUUUGGUUACCGCUAUGGCUCUAUGACAAGGGGCUGAAAUAUCCUGAAAAUAAACUUUUUGGGCGUAUUCGGACAGCUGUUCAAUAGUUGGCGAAACGCCUUCUCUCAAAAUUCCAAUUUAUAUUUCGGAAUUCACAGAUCUUUUUAGAAUAAUUAGCGGCCCAACACCAAACUUGGUUACAGCUCCCACACCAUUAAAUAAGGGGAAUGCUUUGCGGUGUGCCAAACACAGUUUUCCAAAAAACGUUCCCCUUUUCCUACGACGCACUGUGCCAUUUCCGUCAGGUUCCAACAAAUUAAAUUUCGAUUCAUCGGAGAAAAUAACAUUUCCCCAAUCUGAUGUAGUCCAAGUUUUGUGUAAUUUUACCCACUCUAGUCGGUAUUUCUUCAUUCGUAUAAUGAGAAGUGGCUUUUUGGCUGGACGUCGUGCUCGGAAUCCAAGACUAUUCAGCACAUUUUGUAUAGAACUUGUAGUGAUUUUUACCCCAGCGGUUUCGUAAAAUGUUGAAUUGAUUGUUCCAACAUGUUGAAAGCGAUCAUUAAUGCACAUCCAUUUAAUUUGUCGUUUUUUACGACGUUUUACUGUUUUCCGACGUCCACUACCCUUUUUUAUUUCUAAUUUCUAUUUAAUUAAAUUACGUAUAAUUUUCAAUUAUGUAUAAUACGCACGUUCCAAUCUCUUAUGCCCAUUUUUUGACCUUUGGAUAAUUUAUUUUAUAUAAAGCUACGAUUUCUGCUUUCUUUUUGGUUGACACCACCGUGUUCAACUUUACUAGUUUUCACAACUGAUCCAAAAGAAAAAAACGCAAAUUCUGUAAUAAACACGUGCGGACUCUAACGGUUGUAAAAAUAAAGGUAAAAUAAUGUAGUCACAUGACAAAACAGCUAAAUAAGACAAAUAGUGAAUUUUGAGCAAAUAGUGACAAUUCAAAAUAGGAAAUUAGAAAAUUUUCGACUGUGUGGGUUUUUUUUUCGCCGAGUGUACAUAUAUGCCAUAGUAAUCCGAUCUGAACUAUUUUUUCGGAAAUUAUGUUAUUACCUCAAGCAGUAAUCCAUGUCAAAUUUCGUGAAGAUACCACCAAAUGUGAAAGUUUUCCAUAGAAGCCCUUGAUUCCAAACGUUCGGUUUUAUGGCAGCUAUAUGCUAUAGUAAGCCGAUCUGAACAAUUUCUUCGGAGAUUACAUAGUUGCCUUAGAAAAUAAUCUAUACCAAAUUUCGUGAAGAUACAUUGUCAAAUGUGAAAGUUUUCCAUACAAGAACUUGAUUCCGAUCGUUUAGUUUCUUUGGCAGCUAUAAGUUAUAGUGGUCCGACAUCGACAGUUUCGACAAAUUAGUAGCUUCUUGAAGAGAAAAUGUCGUUUGCAAAAUUUCAAAACGAUAUCUUAAAAACUGAGGGACUGUUCGUAUAUACAUAUAAGUACAUACAGACAGACGGACAUGGCUAAAUCGACUCAGUUCAACAUACUGAUCGUUUAUAUACAUAUAUACUUUUUGGGGUCUCCGACGCUUCCUUCUGGGUUUUACAAACUUCGUAACAAACUUAAUAUACCCUGUUCAGAGUAUAAUAAAUGCAAUUAUUGUUAUGAAAUUAUAGCAAUUGUAGAAAAUUAUUGGAGAAAAGAAUUGGCACAAUAUUUUUGCAGAGCACGGGCCCCUCUGAGAGCUCUGUUCACGCCUUGAAUUGUUCUCGAACUCCCCCUCUCUCCUCCAAUGCUUGUAAACAUUAACUCCGAAAACGUGCGACUCUUUAAUUAUUAUAUUUUACAUUCAUAAUUACGACAAUCAAUUGCAUUUGUUUCCAAAAACUAAACUAAAACUAUUUACUAUCUGAAAAAUCUCUUAAUACAUUAGCACUCUUAAAGCAAGCGGAAUCUUUAAAUUUUUGCCAGUUGAACUGAGGAAAAAUUGGAUUACAAAGCAAAAAUAAAAUAUAAAAGUCUAAUAACAUGUUCACAUACCAAAUAUAUGUAAGCAUCCGUACAAUAUUACUUUAGAGAGUGUAUGAAGCAUGAUGAGGAAAUAACAAGCAAAAUUCGCAUGAAAAGCAAAUAAAGAGAUAAGUAAAUAUCACAGUAAAAAUCAAGAGAACAUUGCAUAAACAAUAAUCAUAUACCUAUGCAUAUAUGUAUAUUAUACAUAUAAUAUAUGAUAUAAAACAUUUGUGUAAUACAUAAAUAAUAAUUAAUACAAACCUACAUAAGGAGGUAGAAGUACAUAGACAUUUAUAAAUACAUAAAUUACAAGUAUCUAUAUACACAUAUAUACAUACAUACACUAUCAUAAUAAUUCACUAAUUGUUUAAUUAAUAUUAAAUUAUUUGCUUAGAUUAUACAACUAAAACAAUAAUACACAAAAUAAUAACUAUAUUCAAUAUGAUGACAGUGACAAUGUGAAAAAUUCAAAUAAAUUAAAACAAACAAAAAUAAAUAUGAAUUUUGCCUCUUAUAACGGAGCAAGUUUGCACUAUUGACAGUAACUUACUGAGCAAAUAAGAAAACCCAAGCAAUGGGUCGUGUGUUUUACUACAUGACAGACAUUUUUUUUUUCCACAUCUUGAUCAUCGCUCAGCGGUCAACACUAAAACUUCAAUGGAUCUAUUACCAAUAACUUAAAGCGUUAUGAUCCACUGUCUACCUAUGGGCAGAUAUACAAUAUGUCCAUUAUCAUUAUUAUACCUACGCAGUAUUUUAACAGCACAACUAUGUGAGCCUCCUUUACACUUAUUUGACACUAAAAUUUUAGAAGGUUCAUUUUUCACCAUAUUGUCGGAAUUACCCAUUUAAUGCGAGUUUUUAGAAACAUUACCUUGUAAGGGUUGACUGUGAAACAAAUCUGGGAGAAAGUGGAUAAAUGUUUUGUGCUCUCAACUUUAUACCGUACUGGCUACUGCCGCCUCUUCGAAAGUUUAUUGCCCGGAAGUCUGCACGGUUAUAUGCAAAAACUGCAACGAUAUUUACAACCCAUCCGAUUUCAGUAAGGAAAAAACAUCAAGUCCCUUAGUUAUCAUCGUUGUCAUGGAGGUUUGCAGUCGUUUUAGUUACCAAACAAGUUUGACUCUUAGCGGCAUUAAGUUUUUCAUAAUCAUUACAUUUCAAACCUAACUGUGCUGUACAACGGUUCAAUUAUCUCGUUUAUCUUGUUGACGCGCGCCAUGUCCAAUCACUUUUACAAUGAACUUUGGCACCAAACACAUCAUGAAAUUGAUCUUCUGGCAGUCGCCGACGAACAACAAGGUCAGAAUUUCGAAACUGCACUAGCCGCAUUGGCAUCGACUCUGCCGGAUGUGGAAACUGUGACCGAGCCAAAGAAGCUCAUACAAACCACAGUCUUUGAGUUCUAUUUACGUUACAUUGGUAUCGCCAAUCGACUACAGGAUAUCUAUGACAAGAUGAUACAGCCACAAAAACGCCUCUUAGUGCGUAAGCUACUCGAUUCUUGUUUGGGUCGCGUUAUUGAGCUCAAGCAUGAUCUCGUUAAUAUUGAUCUAAUGGAGUUCAGUUACAAUGAUGAAGUUGUCCUACGACUUCAGUUAACACCCGACGAUACUCAAUUGCACAUACCGCGGUAUUUUUUACGAGAGCGUCGUCAAGAGAUCGAACAACGCAAUCGUAUCAUGCACGAAAUUCUUGUCAAGUUGGGUUGGCUAGAGGAGCAUCCCAGUGAUGAAAAACUGACCGAAAUCGAAGCUAUACGCUUAUUGCAGAUGCAUGAGCGAGCACGUCAGGGUCGACUUCGGGCACAUUUCAUGAAAGAGAUACGAAUGCUAAAAGAUAAAGGUAAAACUGAGGAGAAGGGAAAAGAGCGCAGUGAUUUGGGAUUAUUAGCUGCAAUGAAGAUACAAAAAGUAUGGCGUGGUCAUACGGCGAGACGUAUAACGCGUCGACGAAAGCAGGAAGAAAUGAUUUUGAUCGGCAUGGUACCACCCACAGCUGCAAUGCUAAAAAAACGAGCAGAAAAGGAAGAAAAGUUAAAUGAGAUUUAUGAACGUCGCUAUGCAACGCAAUCAGCUUAUAAACAACAGCUCGAGUCGUCUCUAGUCACCGUGCGAGAGGAAAUCAAGUGUAAGCAGGGCGCUGCAAUUACCGAAGAUAUAACCGAUGAAUUACGAACUUGGAUAAAGGAAUGCUAUGAAAAAACAGGAAAAUUGCCUGAAUUCCCGAGUGAAGAACAAGGAGGAUCACUGCAUAUAUUUAGUCGUCCAGGCACAGAAAGCGAGCUAAGUCGUUCCUCGGCGCGUUCUUCGAAGGAGUCACGUAAAACUAAGGAUAAAUCGAAAUCACCGGCUCGUAGCGGCGACUUGAAUUUCAAUGACACUCAAGCAGAUGGGGAGAACUUUCAUCCAGGACAAUCUGUGUUUCUUGCAGAUAUAAAAACUGCAAUUGAUACGUUCAAUGAGGUUUGGCGAAACAAAGAUGAGAGCGGUAAUCUCUCACAAUCUCAAUACGAUGAUAUGAUUUACAAUGAGAAAUAUUUAGAAAUAGAAUUAGAGUGUCGACGCACUGUCGAUGAGCUAAUGCGACAGGAAUUGGAAUUAUUGCAGACUGCCAUUGGCAAAAAGGCCAAAAAGAGCAGCAAAAAGACUCGACGUUCAGGUAAAAAAAGUAAAAAGAAAAAGGAAAAAGAUCUUACCCCUGAUCGUACGACUGAAUCACUUUACGAGGAGCUUGUAACUAACGGUAUUAUACGCAAAUAUCCAGAAGUUCGUCUCAGUCAAUAUAUAGGCGAUAAGGCUUUGAGUGAACGCUCCGGUACGAACCCAUCCGCUGGAGAUAUUCGUCAAGUUCUCAUCGAAUACUGUAUACUGCCACUGGGUUCAGAGCCCAUACGCAAUUCUUGCCCACUCAUACGUUCGAUUUUACUAGCUGGUCCACGUGGCUCUGGCAAGAAAGCGCUGCUGCAUGCUAUCUGCACUGAAGUCGGUGCUGUACUGUUUGAUCUAACACCCGCCAAUAUAGUGGGCAAAUACCCAGGAAAAUCCGGUCUAAUAAUGCUCAUACAUUUGGUUUCGAAGGUAUCGCGUUUGCUGCAACCAGCGGUUAUAUAUAUGGGUGAUGCAGAGCGUCCAUUCAUGAAAAAAGUGCCCAAAACAGAUCGUACAGACCCGAAGCGCUUGAAGAAAGAUUUACCACGUUUAAUAAAGACUAUUGCUCCAGAGGAUCGUGUACUAUUCGUAGGCACAUCGAAUCUACCCUGGGAAGCGGACCAAAAACUCCUACAACAAACUUACAAUCGUUUCAUUUAUAUACCUCGACCUGACUAUGGCGCAAGAUCGAGUGCUUGGAAGGCGCUAGCCAAUGAAUACACAGGCGGCUUAUCAACUCUGGAUUACAGUGUUUUGGCAAAGAUCUCUGAUGGCUAUACGAUUGGCGCUAUUGAUUCGUGCUUAAAAGAAGUCUUAACGUGUAAGCGGAAGCUGCAACUUCGUACGCAACCCCUAACGCAUGCCGAAAUAAUAAACACUUUGAGUAUGCGUGAUCCAGUUUACCGCGAAGAGGAAGAAGCCUUUGACAACUGGUGGUCUAAAACACCACUUGGACGACGCUAUGAACGUGCGCUAGAGAUGGAGGAGGAAGCACGCUUGGAAGAAGAGGAAAAAAAUGCCAAACAAAGCAGUAAUGGCAAGAAGAAGUGAACAAGAAAAGUAAAAUAUUUUUAUACAGUUAUAUUUAUUUUUACUUACAUUUCACUUAAGUUUAAAAAUGAACUCCUUAUUACCACUUUUGCAAUUGAUUUCUUUAAUAAAUAAACUGAAUGCAUUGCUUUCACCCAACACCACAUU